UCAUUAGAACACUGAAAGUGCAUCAGAUGAUAUCACGGAAAGAGCCGAAGAUGUUGGCUCAGUCAGGUGAUCAGCUGUGUCCAAUCACAGCUGAUCACAUGAGACAUGUACACAGAUCAUCAGAGCACUGAUGAUCAGUGUGCCCUGAUGAUCAGUGUAGCCCCAGCAGUGCCACCUGUCAGUGUCCAUCACUGCCUUAUGCCAGUGCUCAUCAGUGCCUCGUGCCAGUGCCCAUCAGUGCCACAUAUCAGUGCCUACUAGUGCACAUCAAUGCCACAUAUCAGUGCCCUUCUGAGCUGCCUUUCAGUGUUACCCAUCAGUGCCAGUCAGUGCCACCUAUCAAUGCCAAUCAGUGCCACCUAUCAGUGCUGCCAAUCAGUGCCACCUAUCAGUGCCAGUCAGUGCUGCCUAUCAGCGCGCAUCAGUGCCGCCUAUCAGUGCCAGUCAGUGUCGCCUAACAGUGCC